CAUUGCCAGCUGCUGCUGUCAGGGCACAUGAUUCAAAUGCCUCCAGCCCAUCUCUUUCUAUAAAAGUCCUGGAACAUGAUGUUGAUUUGCUGCCUCUAGCCUUAGGAGGUGUAGCAUUCCAUAGUCCACCCACUGAACUGAAGCCCAGAAAAAUAAAGAAAAUGAAGGACUUGUCAACUGCUUUGACUAGCAAUGGUGUUUCGAGGAGAGGGCCCGCAGUACAGUCUCCUCCUCAACCAGUUACUCCUAGACCAGUCUCCUCCACUACUCAACAGCAGCUGCUCCAUCAAAGGACUUCCCGCGGGGCUCAUCCCCACUGGUCUCUACCAGCUCUACUCUCAGCAUUGGCUGGUGUUGCUGUUUACUUGAAUACAUUACAGAAUGAGUUUUGCUUUGACGACUCCUCUGCAAUCCUAACUAACCCUGAUCUCCUUCCUAAGACUCCAUUGUUCAAUCUCUUCCUCAAUGAUUUCUGGGGUACACCAAUGCAUCAGGAAGGGAGCCAUAAGUCAUACCGUCCACUCUGUGUCCUCACCUUUCGUCUAAACUACAUGUUACAUGGACUGGACCCUAUGGGAUACCAUCUUGUUAAUGUCCUCCUUCACGGGGUUGUCUGUUAUAUCUUUGUUGCCGUUACUUCACUUGUUGUUUUUAAAGAUCCAGAAAGGAAGAUGUUUCCAUUGUUUGUCGCUGGUUUGAGUUUUGCAGUUCAUCCAGUCCACACAGAAGCAGUUGCUGGAGUGGUGGGCAGAGCCGAGUGUCUCUCUGCUAUAUUCUUUCUUCUUACAUUCCUAGCUUAUAAAAGAUCACUCUCUACUAAAGGUACUGGUGCUCGGUGGUUCGUAUUGAGUCUGUUAUUAUGUAUCUACUCUUUAUUGUCCAAAGAACAAGGGAUCACUGUCUUAUCUGUCUGUAUCUGUUAUGACUAUUUCAUUUAUAAUAAUAAUAAUUUAAAUUCUUCUCUCUCAAUCUUACGUGGUUUUGUUAAAAGUGUCACUCCAAUUUGGUUUAAUUCUUUUGUCUAUCGUUUUAUAUCGCUGGUCGGGUUCUUUGUAGCACUGAUGAUGCUAAGAGUGAAAAUAAUGAAAGCAGAACUACCUGUGUUCACAAUUCAUGACAACCCAGCUGUCAAUGAACCCACUCCUUAUCGUCAGUUGCACUGGUUGUAUUUAAUAUUUCAAAAUGUUUGGCUCCUCCUCUCUCCCUCCUUCCUCUGUGCUGAUUGGACAAUGGGUACUGUCCCUUUAAUUAACUCUCUAAUUGAUCCAAGGAAUCUACUAACAAUACUCACAUUCACUGGUUUAGCUCAUCUUGCCUGGUACAGUGUUACUGGUGAUGAUGAUGAUUGCCCCGGCCCCUGGGCUGGUUCUAAAUCAUAUAGACAAGGGGUCCUGUUUGCAUUAUCUAUUCUAGUGUUCCCGUUCCUUCCAGCGUCUAAUUUAUUGUUUCCAGUUGGUUUUGUGGUAGCCGAGAGGGUCCUCUACAUACCAAGCAUGGGAUACUCAAUACUGAUAGCUAUUGGUUCCUAUAGACUCACUUCAGCCUCGUCAAAAUUUACAAGAUUAGCCACUAAAAUUGGACUGGGUUACCUCUUGAUAUUUCACACAAUGAAGACCCUUGACCGCAAUAGAGACUGGCGUUCCAACAUUGACUUAUUCACUUCAGGAAUCAAGAUAAAUACUAACAAUGCAAAACUGUACAGCAACUUGGGGCACGAGUACGAACAGCUCAUGAAUUAUUCAUAUGCUGAGAGUUUAUACAGAACAGCCAUUGAGAUACAAAGUGACGACAUUGGGGCCUUCAUCAACCUGGGAAGGAUUCUUAAAGUACAGGGGAAACUUAUUGGAGCAGAAAAGGCUUAUAGAAAAGCAAUAGAAAUGAUGCCAAAAGGAAAGAAGGUUAGAGUGGCUCUGACACACAUUAAUGUCUACUUUAAUCUGGCCAACCUAAUAAAAGAUGAUCCAUCUCACUAUGAAGAAGCUUACAGGCUCUACAGGAAAGCAAUAUCAAUGAAGCCAUCAUUCCUUGAAGCCUAUUUAAACAUGGGGGACCUCCUACUCAAGCAAAAUAAAACAGUGGAAGCAAAGAACACGUUCUUAAAGGCGGUGGAGUUGAGUCCUGAGUAUGCAGAUGCUCACUUCAACUUGGGGACUACUUACAUCCAGUUAGGGGAUGACAGAUUGGCUGAGAGUUCUUACAGAAGAGCAUUAGCUAUUGAUCCUGAGCACUCACUGUCUCUCUUUAAUUUAGGUAUGAUAUUGUCUGAUAGAAAAGAUGAAGUUAGUCUAUCGGAAGCAAUGGAAUGGUUUACAAGACUGAUCAAACUAACUCCAAAAGAUGCCAAAGUGUACUUUCAACUGGGAAUGAUACAGACAGACCUGAGGCAUAUCUCAUCUGCAAAGACCUGGUUCUCUAAAGCAAUAGAACUAGUACCAAACUAUCGACAGGCUCUGUACAACCUUGGUUUCUUAAACUACCAGGAGAACCGUUACGAGGAAGCAGUGAAGUACCUCAUGGCUCUCAGACAGCAUCACCCGAACCAUGUACGGGGAAUGAGAGUACUAGGAGACAGUUUCAUUUACCUGAGAAGAUUCAAAGAAGCAAAAGAAGUAUAUCUUCUUUGUUUGAAAUAUGAUCCAAAGCAUAUUGUAGCAACUCAUAAUCUAGGUGUAGCCAUGACAGAAUUAGGGGAUUUCAAGGAAGCCGAGCGACUAUUUCAACGGACAUUAGAACUAGAUCCAAACCAUAAAGCAGCCAAGAAACAUUUAGAAGGAGCAAGAGCAAAACUAGAACAACUUGAAAGACAAUAAUAAUCCUCCACUGACUUCUCUCCCUCUCUCUCUCUCUCUGUAAAAGUGUAAUAAUAAUAAUAAUGAUAUUUUACAAAACAAUAGAAGAACAAUAAUGCAAAA